AUGGUAUCGGAUAAUAGUCUUUCGUCUUCCUUACAGACAACAUUAGCUGUUGGUGGUGCACUAGCUCUUGUUGCUGGAGCUGUUAUUCAUCGUCAUAAGGAUAAAUUAUCAUCAUUUAUUGUAGAAGAUCUUACUAGUGAAGAAAUCUAUCAAGAUGUUGACUGGCAAAAGCUGACUAUUUCAGCUCAGGCACAAGGAUCUUCAGAAGCACGAGUUGCUGCAUCACUUGGUUCUCGACCAUUACUUACUAGUGGUAAAUCAGACAAUCGUGUUUUUACAACAUUCUAUGAAGGUUUUAAAUGUGGCAAAGAUAUUUCAAAUAAACUUGGAGAUGGAAAAUGUUUAGGUUAUCGAGUUGAUCGUCAAUCAGAAUAUCAAUGGGUAACAUAUGAUGAAACAGAUCAAACUGCUACUGAAAUCGGUAGUGGACUUAUUCAUUUAGGUGAAAACCAUGGACAAGAUACAUUUAUUGGUAUCUAUGCAACUAAUAGUGUUGAAUGGUUAACUACAGCAAUAGCAUGUCAUUUUCAUAGUAUGAUUUAUGUACCUCUUUAUGAUACACUUGGAGAACCAGCUAUUGUUCAUAUUAUUAAUCAGACUUCAUUAAAAACAGUUUUUGUUGAUAAGCCUGAAAAUAUUUUAACCUUACUUAAACUUAUUAAAGAAGUUCCAACAUUAAAACGAAUUAUACUUACAAAAAAAUUAUCAACUGAACAAGAGAAUGAAAUUAGAAAAAAAGCUCAAGAAGUUGGAAUUGAAAUAAUGUCAUACAAUCAAUUACGAGAACUUGGUCGAUCAAAACCAGUAGCACAUCAUCCACCUAAAGCUGAUGAUAUCUUUGAAAUUUGUUAUACAAGUGGUACAACAGGUUUACCAAAAGGUGCAAUGUUAACAAAUAAAAAUAUUGUUUCAUUGGCUCAAUCUGGACGUGAACAUUUCGAACCUGUUUUUGGUGGAUUGGAAACAUUAAUUUCAUAUUUACCAUUAGCACAUUCAUAUGAACAAACUAUUGAACUUCUUUUCUUAUGUAAUGGUUUUAAAAUUGGUUAUUAUUUAGGUGAUGUACGUCAAUUAGCUGAUGAUCUUGCUCAUUUAAAACCAACAGUAAUGCCAUGUGUACCUCGACUUCUUAAUCGAAUGUAUGAUAAUAUUCAAGCAACAAUUCGUCAAUUAAGUCCAUUCAAACGUUAUUUAUUCAAUAUGGCUUUAUCAGCUAAAACAAAUGAUGUUGCUCAACAUCGUGUUAGACGUCAUAUGCUUUGGGAUGGUGUACUUUUAAAACGUAUUCAACAACGUCUUGGUGGUCGCGUGAAAGUAAUUAUUAGUGGUGCUGCACCAUUAUCACCAGCAAUUCUUCAAUUUCUUAAAAGUGUUUGCGGUGCUUAUGUUGUUGAAGGUUACGGACAAACAGAAUGUUGUGGUGUAUCAUCCUGUCAAACACUCGGUGAUCCAACUGUUGGUAAUAUUGGUGUACCAUUACAUUGUAAUAUGAUUAAAUUAGCUGAUGUACCUGAUAUGCAAUAUUUUGCAAAAGAUAAUGUUGGAGAAUUAUGUAUUAAAGGUUCAAAUGUAUUUAAAGGUUAUUAUCGAGAUGAUGAAAAAACAAAAGAAGCUCUUGAUAAUGAAGGAUGGUUACAUACAGGUGAUAUUGCUAAAUGGACAGUUACUGGUCAAAUUCAAAUCAUCGAUCGAAAGAAACAUAUGUUUAAAUUAGCACAAGGUGAAUAUGUUGCACCUGAACGUAUUGAAAAUAUUUAUAUUCAUAGUAAAUAUAUUGCUCAAGUAUUUGUUUAUGGCAAUGGUUAUAAAUGUUAUACAGUAGCUAUUAUUGUUCCUGAUGCUGAGAUACUUGAAAAAUAUGCUCGUGAUAAUAAAAUUACAGGUGAUAUUGUAACAUUAUGUAACAAAAAAGAAAUUAAAGAUUUAAUAUUUAAUGAUCUUAAACAAUUAGAAAAAGCUCAUUCAUUAAAAGGUUUCGAAACGGUAAAAGAUAUUUAUCUUCAUCCAGAACAAUUUUCCGUUGAAAAUAAUCUUUUAACACCAACAAUGAAAACAAAACGACCUGAAUUAGGCAAAUAUUUCGAAACAGAAAUUGAAGAAAUGUAUAAAAAUAUUGAAUAA